AUGUCCAAAUUCUCCACUCCCUCGAGCGAUCGUCCUAAAAAUGAGAUGCAGUACUUCCCCGAUAUGACUACGGCCUUGCCGUCUGAGUCCGGGGAGUUUCGCCGCGUUCUGUGGACAGGUCUGUACUCGCAAUUAGUUCUAAUGACAAUCCCAGUUGGCGGUGACAUCGGUGAGGAGAUUCACACUGUUGACCAAAUCUUGACCUUUACCUCUGGAAAAGGCCUGGCCCAAGUGGGUGGCAAGGAGCAAGAGAUCAAGGCUGGUGACAUGGUCAUCGUCCCUGCAGGAACCAAACAUCAAUUCUUGAACAAGGGCCCUACACCUUUGAUUCUGUACACGGUGUACUCGCCGGCAGAGCACAAGCCAACAACAGUCCAUAAAACUAAGGAAGAGGGCGACAAGGAGGAGGAAGACGGCAUCGACGAGGCGCCUGAGUGGAGCCAAAGGAGUAAGGAGGAGAAUGAGAAGGAGGGAUGGGUGAAGGGCGAGUAA